GCGCACAAGCGCUCUGCGUCGCUUUCUUCGUCCAGUGAUGAGGGCGACAUUCGGCGGAGGAAGGGCGCGGUGAAGGAGCUGAAGCUCGACCCGAGCCCGCAGGCUUCUGGGCUACGGCAGUGGAUCCAGAGCUCGUACUCGAAGGUCUGCGCGGCCUCCAAGCGCUCUAAGCGCAGAACCCUCCGCGGGCUGCAGCUGGCUGAGGACCCGGCGGUCACCCGGGAGCGGCUCGAGCACCUCUCGUCCGUCCAGCGCAAGUGGGGCGACUUGGACACAGCGCUGGCCGACUCCAUCUUGCAGAUCGCCACCGUUUCCCUCAAGCGCCAGCUCUUGACCUACCAGGGGCAGUUGACGGCGAGGGGGCACCCCCUUUCGGGUCGAUGUGCGCUCAAGAUGUUCUUCGAGCAGUUCCGCAUCGAGUCCGGCCAGAAGUCGAGCAUCGACGUCGCCACGUUCGUGAACUUGAAGUUCCACGGCGCCUUGGAGGCGUACCUGGACCUGCUGGACUACACCCUGAUGGGCCUCACCCGGCAGCCAGACGAGGAGCUCAUCAUGGCAAUCGUCGAGCCGCAGCUUCGACUAUGCCGUGACCUCGCACCGACCUUCGUCGCCUUCGACGGCGCCGAGGAGGGCUCCGAGGAGCGCACUAUCUCUUGGCUAUGCAACCGCGCCCGGCGCGAGGUGGCCAGGAAGAAGCGAGUGGCGGCCUCCGAGCAGCUCCAGGACGCGGUGCCCAAGAAGAUCGCCGCCCCAGGAGCCGGCAAGGGUGGCAGGGGGGGCGCCGGCAAGGGCAAGGAUAAGGGCAAGCAGACGUGGGCUUGCAUCCUCUUCCGGACCAGCGGCUCUUGCCGCUUUGGGGACAGGUGCAGAUGGUCGCGCGACCCCAGUGCGCCGAUGCCACCAGCUGGCAUUGGCGAGAAGGCCAGGACCGAGGCUGCAGCUGUCACGUCGAAGGCUGUCGCAGAGCCCAAGGCCAAAGCUACCGCCAAGGCGGCCGAGGCUAAGGCCAAGGCUGCCGAGAAAAAGAAAGCUGCAGAGAAGAAGGAGGCCUCUGCGGCCGCAGGCAGGCCCGACGUGGCCCAGGACAAGCCCCUGUGCGCCGCCUUCCAGAAGUCUGGCAAGUGCGACAAGGGCGACAAGUGCGAGUUCAGGCACGCGCCCAAGGCCACCGCGAAGGCGGCUCCAGCCAGAGUGGCUCGCCAUGCCGAUGAGGCCGCUGGCGCUACCGGAGUCGCCAUGCCGAGUGCCGCCGAUAACGACGCUGACUGGGCCGUGGCCGACACGGGCGUUGGCGACGACCUACUCGACGCCCAGACCGCGAUGCAGUUUGGCGACGCCCACCACAGGACCGACCUCCACCAGCUCGCCACUGCGAACGGGACCAUCGCGCCCGACACCACCGCAGUUGUCGGCCUGGAGCGGCUCGGCGAGGACACUGAGGCAGUCGUCCUGCCAGGCACAAUCAACGCGCUGUCCAUCGGCAGGCGCUGCGCCGUGUACGGGUACACGUUCACCUGGAAUCCGUUCGAGGACAAGCCCGUGUGGCUCGCCCCUGACGGGGCUCCCCUCGACGUGAGGGUUGACCACUACGUGCCCAUGGUACGUCCAGGGUUCGCACGCCCCGAGGGAGAGCGACGCCAAGUCGCCUGCAUGCCGGCCGCUGGGUCUUCGGAGCAGAGCCCCUCUCGAGCAGCUGAUGCUGACCAAGCCCCCGAGGAUGCUGAACAAGACUCUGAAGUGGUGAUCCCCGAGGUGGUGGCGGUGGCCCCCGAGACCGCAGGCCUGGACGACGACAUCUGGAUCGCCGGCGACCCGUCCAUCGUGGAGCACGUGCCCGAGCACGAGAGCAUCGGGCACACCGACGAGAUCCCUCUCAAGUGCGGCGAGUGCCUGCCCGACGACGCCAUGGACGCCACCUUCCACAACGACCCGCUGUCCAGGGGGAGUUCGGCGCCCUUGCCCACAUGGACUAUGGACCACAUCGAGAUGGAGCGCGGCAGCGACGCCCGCAGGGCCGCGCCCUACGCGCUCGACAUCACCGAUGAGUGCACGGGCUUCUUUUCGAGCUACCCGGCGGUCCGCCGCGACGCCAACGCAGUGUUGGACAGCGUCAGGCGCUUCGACGACACGCCCGAGAAGAUCAAGCGCUGGUGGAGCGACCACGCUCCCGAGUUUCGCGCUUCCGCCAGGCAGAUUCGCGAGCAGCGCACUCUAGCGCACUACCGGUCGACGCCGUACCGGCCACAGGCCAACGGCAAGGCGGAGCGCAUGAACCGCCUCAGCGUCGAGGGCACGCGUGCGCUGCUCCACCAGUCCGGCUUCUCCGAGAGCUGGUGGCCGCUGGCGAUUCGAGCGUGGGCCACCGCCUGCAACGCCACGCACGUCGGGAAGGGCGGCCUCGCGCCCUGGCAGCGCAGACCACAUGGCUCCAAGCUGAAGCGCCUGGGCUCGACCAAAUGGAAGAGCAGGCUCGUCCCCGCCGUCUUCGUGGGCGUCGCCGCCGGCCCCGGCGAGACUUGGGCAAAGUCUUACCUCGUGGUGCCCCUGGCUGCGAUCAUGGACGACGGCCGCGCUUCGCGCGUCAGCGUGCGCACGGUGACCGACGUGGUCUUCCCCGACCAGCCCGCGUUCCGGCUCAAGCAGCGCUUGAUGGCCCACGGCGAUUUCGAGGACUUGAACCUCCACAUCGGGGCCCUGGGUGAGCUCAUCGUCACGGAGGACGCCUGCGAGGACGACGCCGAGCGGUACGACCUCACCUUCGACGGCGACCUGUCCGAUAAUGCCCCGCACUACUCGCGGAAGAAGCGCGUGAUGGACAUCAUGAUGGCCCUCGACCCGGACUCCCCUACCGUGCAAUGUCGGUCUCGCCGCGGACGCCGGCCGCUGCCGCCCAUGGACGCUCCGCUGAGCAUCAAGGCGACCUUGCAGUGGAACAACCGGGUGCUCGACGUCGCGUGCCCGGAUGCUGGUGGUCUCCGUGCUGACGCAGUCCGCACGCAGGAAGACUACUGGGAGCGGGAGGAUGACCUGUGGCACCGGGUCCACGUAGUCCCGCGCGUGGCCAUGUUCACCCCGAUCGACGUUGAUGGAGCUCCCGACGCAGACGAGCUCGGAGGAUGGCGAUUGACUAAGGUGGACUACCACAACGGCCAGUCCGACCUCAUAGAAGACGAUUGGCUUCGGCGCCCGUGGAUGGACCUUGUUGAGCUUGCACAGCCGGCGCCUGUCGCUACCAUCCACACCGAGGUGGUCCCUGGACCAGAUCGCGCUCCCCCGGCCGGCUGGAGGCGAGACGACUUCGGCGCGGACGGCGUCAUCCGCAGAUCUGUCUGGGCGCCGCCGUGGUCCACCCGCCCGCCGGCCUUCGAGCCCGAGGUGUGGAUGUCCCUGAAUGCGGCCAACCGGUUAGCUGCCAGGAACGCUUGGAAAUCCGACGACCCUGUCGGCUUCGCGGCCCAGGAAGCUAGGCGGAAGGCCUGGGCAGAGCACAAGUCCAAGAAGGCCAAGCCCGCAGGUCCUGCGCCUCGCGUGCUCUGCAGCUGCACUGGCUUCGUCGGUGGCGACCUCGAGUCUGACUACGUUGGCGCCCCUGGCGCCAGGCCGUCCAUGCCUGCUCGCCGUUCCGUUGAGGCUGCCCUUCCUCCACAAGGGCCCGCGGCGCCCGCUGACCCCAACGACGCCGGCAGGGUGCUCGCCCCGAAGUCGAAGGACCAGCUGUGCCAGCAGGCGUUUCCUGCGAUCUUGAGUGGCGACUUCGACGAGUUGUUCAUCGAGCUUUGUUGCACAGAGAACUCGAAGCUCUCGGAGCACGCCCCGAGGCGCACCCUGGCGACCCGAGUGACCACCGACCUCGAUUUCACGGACACCGCCGUCCUCAAGCACCUAAAGCACUUGGCCAGAUCGGCACACAAGCACAAGAUGCGGGUUGCGGUCUGGAGCGCUAUCCCUUGCACGGCCGGUUGCCCGUGGAAGCGCGUCAACGAGUCCAAGGGCAUCAAGACUGGCGACCCCGAGCUCACCGAGAAGUUGAUCUCGCACGGAGUGGCGCUUUGCAGGUACGUCCGCAACAUUGGCCAGCACUUUGUCUGGGAAUGGCCGACCACUUCCGACCUGUGGGCUCACCCUGCAGUUCAGGCGCUGUGCCAUGGGGCUGACGAGGGCGACGGCUUCAUUGCCGUUGCCACCUCGGCUGUUGGCCUCAGCCACACCAUCAAUAGCAAGGACCAGAAGGAGUUCGUGUGGUGCCGGGGUAAGUUCGCCAAGGAAUCCGCCAUCUACACGGACACGUUCGCGCGAACUUUCUGGCUUGCCAGGGGCGUGGUAAGUCGACCGGCCGCGCCAGCACCGAGGUUCAGGAGCUUCUUCAAGGGCUGCGCCCCCGAGGCCUCUGGCGCCGACCACCGUGGCCACGACGCCUCGGCGCCGCCUUCGAGGCCAUUCUGGUGCGCCAUGGUCACGCGAGUCGUGAAACCCAGGAGCCCCGAGGCCGACUGCGACGAAGCCCGCGCCGCCAUCGCCAAAGAGAGGUCUAGCAUGCAUGACAAAGGAGUGUGGGAUGAGAGCGAUGUGCGCUCCUUGAGGGACCUCCUCCGCGACCCGAAGUUGGCUGAGGCCAUGUUUGGCCGGGUCUUCGCGAUCUUGGGGAUCAAGGGCGAAGAGCUCAGCAAGGAACACCAGCAGUGGAAGGCCCGCGCGGUCUUCCAGGGGUCCAACGUCCGGACCAAAACCGGGACCUCGGCCGCGGAACUCUUCGAAGAGGUCGCCAACGCUCCCGCCUCUUUCGCCGCGGCUCGCGCGGCGAUUGCCGCUGGAGUCCUCGAGGGUUUCGACGACAAGCUCCGCGAUGCGGAGUCGGCGUACCUGCAGGCGCUCAUCGACACGACGAGCCGGGUGCCGACCUUCGUCGGGUUGCCCGAGGCGUGGUGGCCGGACUCCUGGUACUUCGACGGCAGCGCCCGCAAGAAUCCGAAGUGCACCAGGCCGCGUUGCAGGCUCAUCAAGGUCCUCUACGGCCACCCUGAGGCUGGCGCGCUCUGGGAGGCGAAGCUCGACUCCAUCUUGCGCCAGCUUGGAUGGGCACCAGCCGGAAAGGAGUUCCCAGGCGUGUACAUCCACACGCGGUACCUGGGGGCGCAUUACGACAUCCCCCAGUACGAUUCCAGGCGCCCGCGCGCGCCGCGCCCGCUCGUCACGAACAUUAACGACUACGUGAAGAACGCCGUCAAGAAGUUCGUGGUGGACAUGGCCAGGACCGCGCCCCAGAUGCGCCUCGGCAAGCCUUUGCGACGACCGCCGCAAGCUAUGUCGCCACUGUGCUUUUUCCUCAGCCGGGUGGCGCGACCUGACAUCUCGGUCGCGGUGCAGCGGUUGUGCCCGCAUGUGACCAAGUGGUCAACCACCCGCGACGUCGCGCUCGUGAGGCUGUACAGCUACCUGCAGAGCACCGGCAACGUCGCCCUCGUCGCGCUCUUGAGCCCGGACGACUCCGAGGAGCUCCAGCUCAGAGCCUGGUCCGAUGCGGAUUGGGCCGGCGACGCGGAGACGACGCGCUCCACCAGCGGCCUUUUCCUCGAGCUCUUCGCGCCGACUUCUGACCAUAGUUGGCCUUUGAGCUGGGCCAGCCAGAAACAGACGGCGACGUCUUCGGCGACCGCGGAGUCCGAGACGCUGGCGAUGUCCAAGAACGUCCGCAUGGACGCGCUCCCCAUGGCCGACAUGCUGGCCAAGAUGGGCGUGAAAACGAACAUCGUCGUGCUGGUGGACAACGCGCAGGCCAUUGCGGCCGUUGGGCGCGGUUACUCCAAGAAGUUCCGGCACUUGGAGCGCGCUCACAAGUGCGCGAUCUCCGUCGUCCACGAGCUCUGGAAGGACGGCGAGAUCGAGGUCGAGCACCACCCGACGGCAACCCACAAGGGCGACGGGUUCACCAAGGCGCUGCUGCCGGCCAAGUUCAUUCAGGCCCGCGAGCUCAUGAACAUCAUGAUCGGCAACAUCACCAUCGAAAGCCUGGUGAAAU